GCAGAAAAGAAUCUCUCUCCUAGUGAUAAAAAAGCAGAUAAACAGAAAAAUCUAACCCAAGCUCUAUUUGACUAUGUGGUAGAAGAAGCUGAAGCACCAGUUGCUUCAACAUCUGGGACUUCUGAAACUUCUAAGACGUCUAACCUACCUGAGCCAAAAAUCGUUAAGCGGUUUCAAAAGGACCAGCUCGAAACUAGCAAGCUUCCUGAACCUAUUGAGCUUAUAAGCGAUACAGAAUCAGAGAAGUCUGACUCCGAACCAGAGACAGGUGACAGUUCAAAACCUCAAAUACAGGCUUUUUUGUCAUCUCAAACAAUAGAAAUAGAUUCAAUGUUAGCUGAAAUUGAUGCAAU